UAAUAAUAAUGAAUGCUUUAGCUGCAACAAACCGUAACUUCCGUCAUGCUGCACGUCUUCUCAACUUAGAUUCUAAGGUUGAAAAGAGUUUGUUAAUUCCUUUCAGAGAAAUCAAGGUGGAGUGUACUAUUCCCAAGGAUGAUGGAAGUUUAGCGAGUUUCGUCGGAUUUCGAGUUCAACACGAUAACGCUCGUGGUCCGAUGAAAGGCGGAAUUCGGUUUCAUCCUGAGGUUGACCAUGAUGAGGUAAACGCUUUGGCUCAACUUAUGACAUGGAAGACUGCGGUGGUUAAUGUUCCUUAUGGUGGAGCAAAGGGCGGAAUCGGGUGCGCACCUAAGGAAUUGAGUUUGAGGGAGCUAGAACGUCUUACUCGGAUCUUCACCCAAAAGCUUCAUGAUCUAAUUGGAGUACGUACUGAUGUUCCAGCACCAGAUAUGGGCACCAAUGCUCAGACUAUGGCAUGGAUUUUGGACGAGUACUCAAAAUUUCAUGGUUACUCUCCAGCUGUUGUCACUGGAAAACCAAUAGAGCUUGGUGGAUCGCUGGGAAGAGAGGCUGCAACUGGCCGAGGUGUUAUUUUUGCAACAGAAGCCUUACUUGCUGACCAUGGUAAAUCCAUCAAUGGUUUGACUUUUGCUAUCCAGGGCUUGGGAAAUGUGGGGUCUUGGGUUGCUAGGUUGGUUCAUGAAAGGGGUGGCAAGAUUGUUGCGGUAAGUGAUAUUACUGGAGCUGUGAAGAACCCAAAUGGUAUUGAUAUACCAUCAUUGCUCGAGCAUAAAGAAGAAACUGGAAGCUUAAGCAGUUUCGAUGGAGGAGACAGCAUGAAUGCAAAGGAAUUGCUUGUUCAUGAAUGUGAUGUACUCAUACCAUGUGCCUUAGGUGGUGUUCUCACCAGAGAAAAUGCAGGAGACGUUAAAGCCAAGUUCAUCAUAGAAGCUGCAAAUCAUCCUACUGAUCCUGAAGCAGACGAGAUUCUGUCAAAGAAAGGAAUCGUAGUACUUCCUGAUAUAUAUGCAAAUGCUGGAGGUGUGACCGUUAGCUACUUCGAAUGGGUUCAGAAUAUUCAGGGAUUUAUGUGGGAUGAAGAGAAGGUGAAUAAUGAACUGAAGAAAUACAUGACAGUUGCUUUCAAUGAUAUCAAGAACAUGUGCCAGACACACGAGUGCAGCCUUCGUAUGGGAGCAUUCACAUUGGGAGUGAAUCGGGUUGCACGUGCUACUCUUUUAAGAGGAUGGGAGGCUUAAAAGACCUAUUGGGGUGAUACAUACAAUCUUACAUACUUACAUGAGGUAAAACAGAUUACUUGAUUGACAGUAAUUGAUUCUCAUCUAAAAACAACUAUACAUUACUCAAAGCAUUGAUUGAUACUACAAUUUGAUUCAAAACAUUAGAGGAUUUGGUUGGGAAUAUUUCAUGGUCAUUUUGGGUUCCAAUUGGUUUCCCUUAAUAUUUUACUGAUAGUAAGUGAUAUAUGCCGGUACUUUUACUAAAUGUGAUUCUGAUAUCUGGAAUUGAAAUAUGGAUCUUGAAUUAA